AUGCUUGGGCCUCAGUUGCUGCUGCUGCUGUCCAUUGGGGGACACCUGCUCAGUGCUGACCCAGGGACUGACAGCAUCUCAGGCCUCAACAUCCAGGACAGCCUGUCGUCCUAUGAGACAGCUCAGGACAGGGGCUGGUGUUCCACUUGGGGAACUGGGCACUUCUCCACCUUCGACCGCCACAUCUAUGACUUCGCUGGUACCUGCAACUACAUCUUCGCGGCCAUCUGCCAGGACACGUCGUCCACCUUCAGCAUCCAGCUCCGGCGUGGACCAGAGGGGACAGCGACCCGCAUCAUCGUGGAGCUGGGCUCCUCUGUGGUCACGGUGCAGGGAGGCAAAAUCACCAUCAAGGAUGUAGGGGUGGUGAGCACCCCCUACACCAGCAACGGACUCCAGAUCACGCCCUUCGGUCAGAACACAAGGCUGGUGGCUAAGCAGCUGGAAUUGGAGCUGGAGGUGCUGUGGGGCCCGGACGGCUACAUCAUGGUCCUGGUGGAGAAGAAAUACAUGGAGAAGAUGUGUGGGCUGUGUGGGAACUUCGACGGGGACGAGUCCAAUGAGUUCCUGAGUGAGACUGGCAAGCCCCUGGACGUCCACAAGUAUGCUGCCCUCCAGAGACUGGAUGACCCCAAUGAGAUCUGCGCCUUCGAGCCAAUCCCCAAGCCCCGCACUCAGCCGGCUACACACGCCCAGAUCUGCGCCCACCUGCUGAGCCUGGUGUCCCCCGAGUGCAACAUCCCCCGGGAGCCUUAUGUGAAGAGCUGCCAGGCGGAAAUGGCUGCCUGCUCUCGGCCCGGUCAGCACAACUGCAGCUGUGCCACGCUCUCAGAGUUCUCCCGCCAGUGCAGCAUGGCCUGCCAGGCCGUCCGCCCCUGGAGGGAGCCCGGCUUCUGCUCGGUGGGGCAGUGCCCAGGUAACCAGGUGUACAAAGAGUGCGGCCCAGCCUAUCUCAGGACUUGCUCCAACCCAAGGCACAGCUUCCCCAGCUACUGCACCUUCGGCUGCUUCUGUCCUGAAGGCACGGUCCUCGACGACCUCUCCCGAAGCCAGACCUGUGUGCCAGUCUCCCAGUGCCCCUGCACAGUCAGCGGGGUGCUCUAUGCCCCAGGGGAGGUCGUGACAUCUGCCUGCAAAAUAUGCCGGUGCCAUGAUGGCGUCUGGACAUGCACGGAGCGGCCUUGCCCUGGACGCUGCUCCCUGGAAGGUGGCUCUUUCGUCACCACGUUCGACGCCAGGCCCUACCGCUUCCACGGCACCUGCACUUACAUCCUGCUCCAGAGUCCCCAGCUCCCUGCCCCUGGCACGCUCCUGGCCGUGUACGAAAAGUCUGGUUACUCGCACUCGGAAACCUCCCUCGUUUCUGUGAUCUACAUGUCAGGCCACGAUAAAAUCAUGAUUUCUCAUAAUGAACUGGUCACAAACAAUGGUGAAGUGAAGAGGCUGCCCUACCACGUGGGUAACGUCACUGUCUUCAGACAGACGUCCACCAGCUUCCAAAUGACCACAACCUUCGGGCUUGAGCUCACUGUUCAGCUGCAGCCUGUGUUCCAGGCUUACAUCACUGUGGGGCCCCACUUCAAGGGCCAGACCCGAGGGCUCUGUGGCAAUUACAACGGGGACACAACUGACGACUUCACAACCAGCAUGGACAUUGCAGAAGGCACUGCUUCAGUCUUCGUGGACUCCUGGAGGGCAGAGAACUGCCCAGAGGCCCUAGAGCGAGAGACCGACCCCUGCUCCAUGAGUCAUCUCAACAAGGUGUGUGCAGAGACUCACUGCUCGGUCCUGUUGAAGAAAGGCUCCGUGUUCGAGAAGUGCCACGCAGUGGUGGACCCCAAACCCUUCUACAAGAGGUGUGUCUAUCAGGCGUGCAACUACGAGGCGACCUUCCCCCACAUCUGUGCUGCCCUGGGCACCUACGCCCACCUGUGCGCCUCCCGCGGAGUCGUGCUCUGGGGCUGGAGGAACCACGUGGAGAACUGCACCAUCUCUUGCACGGGCAACAGUACGUUCAGCUAUGAGAGCCAGGCCUGCAACCGCACGUGCCUGUCACUGUCGGACCACACGCUCGAGUGCCACCCCAGCUCAGUGCCCAGUGAGGGCUGCAACUGUCCCGAGGGCACUUACCUGAACCACAAGGGAGAGUGUGUGCGCCAGGCUCAGUGUCCCUGUCGGCUGAAUGACAAGCUCAUCCCAGCCGGCCAGUCCAUGCUGGUGGGCGACAUCCAGUGCUACUGCACCAGCGGUCGGCUGAGCUGCCCAGGCACAUCCCGAGAGUACCUGGCCACCUGCACAGCCCCAAAGAUCUUCCAGUCUUGCAGCCAAUCCUCAGAGAACGAGUUUGGGGCAUCCUGUGCCCCCACAUGCCAGAUGCUGGCCACUGGCACCACCUGUGUCCCCACCAAGUGUGAGCCUGGCUGUGUCUGUGCUGAUGGCCUCUACGAGGAUGCCAGUGGUCAGUGUGUGCCUCCUGAAGACUGCCCCUGUGAGUUUGCAGGGACUUCCUACCCCAGGGGCUCCAAGAUCAAUACCGCCUGUCAGGCCUGCACCUGCCAGUGGGGGAAGUGGACAUGCGAGAUGGACUCCCACUGCCCCUCAACCUGCACCCUCUACGGGGAAGGUCACAUGAUCACCUUUGAUGGACAGCGCUUCCUCUUCCAGGGAAGCUGCGAGUAUACUCUGGCCACGGAUGCCUGUGGUGCCAACAACUCUCAGCCCACCUUCAAAAUCGUCACCGAAAAUGUUAUCUGUGGCAAGACAGGGGUCACGUGCUCACGGGCCAUCAGGCUUACGCUGGGGGCCCUGUCCAUUGUAUUGGAGGACAAGAACUACACUGUCAGCGGGCACGAUCCCCAAGUGAGCUUCCGAGUGCAGUCUGGCUCCCUGCACCUGGUGCUGGACAUCUGCAUCGCCAGCAAGUACAACCUGACGGUGAUCUGGAACAAACACAUGAUGGUUCUCAUCAAAGUUUCACGUGCCUCUGCACAGGACACUCUCUGUGGCUUGUGCGGAAACUACAAUGGGGACAUGAAGGACGACUUCGAGACCCGCAACAAGUACGUGGUCUCCAACGAGCUGGACUUUGUGAAUUCAUGGAAGGAGAACCCGCUGUGUGGGGACGCGGGCUUUGUGGUGGACACCUGCAGCCUCAACACGUUCCGCCUCUCCUGGGCCCAGCGCAAGUGCAGCAUCAUCAACAGUCAGACCUUCGCGGCCUGCCACAGCCAGGUGUACCGCAUGCCUUACUACGAUGCCUGUGUGCGUGAUGCGUGUGGCUGCGACACAGGUGGGGACUGCGAGUGUCUCUGUGAUGCAGUAGCCGCCUACGCCAAGGCCUGCCUCGACAAGGGCGUUUGUGUGGACUGGAGGACCCCUGAUUUCUGUCCUGUCUACUGUGACUUUUACAAUACUCAUGAGAAAGUGGGCCUCAGCAGAGAGUACCAGUAUGUGAAUGAAGUCAACUGCACGUGGCACUACCAGCCCUGCCUCUGCCCCAACCAGCUGCAGAAUCACCCUCAUGUCAACAUCGAAGGCUGCUACAACUGCUCCCAGGACCACUACUUCGAUCCCAGCAAGGGCACGUGUGUGCCAUGUGCCCCGCCCACCACGCCAGCACCAGCCACCACGUCGCCACCGCCCACCACAGCUUCAGCUCAAAGCACCUUGGCUGUCACACCAUGGGUCACAUCGGAACUAACGCCAACGUCAACUCAGGCUAUGACAGCCACCAGAGCCACGGUGACACAUGCGACCAGCUGGCCAACAGGGCCUCCCCUCCCCACACUGACACAGACCACAGCCCAGGUCACAGCGCGUACCACAUCACCCACAGCCACUCCAGUGACACCAAAAUGGACUUCAGGGACCCCACCAGCCCACACCAUCCUCCAUGGCUCCGUUUACCACGACCACUCACAGUACCAUAGGCACAGCCAAGACCACCAGUUCCUCUUCCUCGCACCCUUCGUCAGCUCUACCUCACUCCACCGUCUCUCCUCUUCAUACCACCGUCACACCCACGGCCACCACCAGAGGUACGGGGACCCCUGUCCCUGCCACUUCCUCAGCGGCCACCCCUAG